AUGAAAACCACCAUGCGCUUCUCCCAGGUCCUUCCUCUGGUUUUCUUCCUGCUGUGCAUCGGCGGCAGCUUCUUCUACCGAGCUGCGGCCUCUGAGGGAUACCGCCUCCGGCGGGUUUCCCUGCCGGAUCCCGAAGGAGAGGAAGAAGACGAGGGCGUGGAGUGCGUGGACCCUACGCCGCCUCAGGCCUCGCCAGCGGGCAGCCAGAGCCCUUCCUGCUCCGCCCUACUCCUCCAGUACGAGUUCGGCCACACCGUCGGCUUCCCGCCGGUGGCCGUCAACUAUACCCCGCCGGAGAACUGUCGGUGGAACCGCGCCGUGCUCGAGUUCUCCGCCUCCUGCGCCGGCGAGCAGAGCGACCGCAUCGCCGCCGUGUGGCUCGAUGGCGUGGAGAUCCUCCGCACCAGCACCGCCAGGCCCAGCCAGGCCCCGCUCUUCUGGAAGGUCCGCAAGGACGUGACCCACUUCUCUUCUCUCCUCGUCCCGUUGACCGAGCAGCGGGGGCGGCGCAAGCCGGGGGCCUCCCCUCGGGUGCUCUACGUCAUGCUCGAGAACUCCAUCAACAACGUCUACAAGGGGGUCUACAGCGUCAAUGUGAGCAUUGACUUCUACGGCCGCGCGGUCAACGUCCCCGGGAGACGUAACAUGAAGGAGCUGAACCUGGUACCAGAGGCCCUGGAGGCCAACGGGAAACUAACCUCCAUCUUGGCCUCCGUCACCGACGAGGAAGAUUCAGAGGAAGACGGGUUCGUCCCCGUGGAGCCACACUACGGCGGCGAUGGCGAGGGGUCGUCGGAGCUGCCGGUGGCGGAUUCUUAUCCAGCUUUCGUGACGGAGCAGAAAAAGCUGAAGAACCUGCUGGGGAGGCCGGCGGACAUGGUGAUCCCGGUCUCCAACACCAAGAUCGGCGAUCAGAGCGGCUUCUGGUUCCGCAUCGACAAAGAAUCAGACAUUCGUGGGAUCCGCCGCAGGAUCCCCAGGAACGCCUACAAGGCGGUCCUGGAGGUCUGCGUCUCCUUCCACGGCGACGAUGAGUUCUGGUACACGAACCCUCCGGAUUCCUACAAUCUGGAGAACAACCUCCCGUCGAGGAGGGGAAACUGGGCGUUCCGGGAGCUCGUCGUCACCGUCGACGGGCUCUACGUCGGCUCAGUGCUGCCGUUUCCGGUGGUCUUCCCCGGCGGAAUCAACCCCCUGAUGUGGACGCCGGUGGUGGCGAUCAGGGCCUUUGACCUCCCCACCUACGACCUCGAUCUGACCCCCUUCCUCGGCAACCUGCUCAACGGAAGACCCCACGCCUUCAACUUCCAGGUGGACUACGCCCUCCCCUUCUGGCUCGUCAACGCCAACCUGCACCUGUGGCUGGACGCACGGCAGCGCACCGUGCCGGCGCUACUGGUGAAGCACCACGGGCCGCCGACCUUCCUCUCCCGCAACGCCAACAACAAAUUCCUUGAGGGGCACUUCCAGCUGGAGGCGGCGCGGCAGGCGAGGUUCGAGGGCUGGGCGAGGUCUUCACUUGGGAACUUCACCACCCUCAUCGACACACACUUCAAGUACAAGAGCUCGGUGGAGUACAAGUUGCAGGGGGUCCUCAAGGACGCCUACUCGCAGACCAAGUACACUGCUGACGUGAGGAUCACGGAGCGGCCCAACAGGUUCCUCGCUCGGGUGAUCAACGAGGCCAAGUACCCGGUGAGAAUGAUCAGCUCCACCGACGGAAUCGGGGACCGGAUGCUCGCCAAGACCAACCUCUCCCACAUCCUCUACGAGUUCACGGACAUCACCCUGAACCAGAUGCGGUCCCAGAUCGCCAUCACCGAUAUGCAGAUCGCCGGCGGGGUGCUGCAGGCGGUGGACGACGUCUUGGCCGGCGCCGCCAGCACGCUGCAGACGUACCAGCGGCGGGACAACGGGCGCUGCCACACCAGGAAGGUUACCGCGCUGAACGGUGGCAUCACCGGUGACCAGACGACUACCGACUGCAACAUGGUAAGGGCCCCGACGCCGCUUCUCGCCAUAUGA